UAUUCUAUGAGGCUAGUCUUCUCGAUUAAUAAAUGUUUGGAGCUAGACAUCGUGUGAUGGACCAAUAUUGAAUUUAAUGGAAAAUACAACAGCAAAAAUUGUUAAAACAAGGCCGAAUUAUUGAACAUAGUCAUAAACUUUGGUAUUUGUUUCAAUAAUGUUCUUGAAAUUGAAUUGAACAUCUGCAGAAAAUUAUGCAACAGACCACCACACGCGGCACUGAAGUUUCAAGCACAGCAAAAUCGGGUGACCCACGUAAUCGUGUAGUAUUUAAUGAGACCGAUGAAGAAGAUCAAGAAGCAUGGUUCCUUGGAGGAAAGGGAGCAAUCAGUUUCAAGCUGCGAUGGUGCCCCUUGCCGUACCCGCCAUGUCGUUCAUCGGCGUGCCUCUUUCCUGGCAAUUAUUCCAUGAUGUCCAGCAAUUGUGUUGCUAAGAUUUGCUAGCAGAAUCAUUCAGUGACUCGACUUGGAGCUGCUCCAUCUGGGUUCGUUGUUCUUUUUCUGGAUUCUGCUAUAACUGUUCCUUAGGAAGCUCAAAGCCUAGAAUCUGAUCGAUUGGUAAAGCCGUCUUGACGAGGGAUUGAUGUCUUAUUGAGGUGCUAUGGAGACGAGAAUGAAGAAGUACAACCAACUGAGUCCCCAGAGGGCUAAGGUGUGGACUGAGAAGUCGCCCAAAUACCAACAGACUCGCAAGGUGCCUGUGAUUUACUAUCUAUGCAGAAAUAGGCAGCUCGAGCAUCCUCACUUCAUGGAAGUACCACUCUCAUCCCCUGAGAGACUGUAUUUGAGAGAUGUGAUCAACAGGCUUAAUGUUCUCAGAGGAAGAGGCAUGGCGACCUUGUACUCUUGGUCUUGUAAGAGAGGCUACAAGAAUGGAUUUGUUUGGCAUGACCUCUGCGAAGAUGAUGUAAUUCUUCCGGCUCAUGGAAAUGAGUAUGUUCUCAAAGGCUCAGAGCUGUUUGAAGAGUCCAAUUCUAGUAAAGUUCUCACAGACCCUUUCAGUUCCAUUGGCAAUGUGAAUAUUCAGCCAUUGAAGCAGUUACCUGAUCCAGCAUCUUCUCAGAGUCAGGAUGAUUCUUCAUCAUCUUCAAGCAUGAACGGAAAAGAAACUAAAAGUUCUCAAGAAGAUGACCUCUCGCUGUCAGUCCUUCGACCCGAUUCAUCAAGCAUUUCACUGGAUUCUGGAGGUGGAAAGAGUUCAUGGGGUGGUUGUUUUAGCUUGACAGAAUACAAGGUGUACAAGACUGAUGGCUUGUCGGAUGCAUCGACUCAGACUGAGGAAAAUGUCAGCACACCAAAAACACGAGAAACUUGUACAAGAGGAGUUUCAACAGAUGAUGGGACCCUAGAAUUGGAGCGUAGUCAAACCGUUAACAAUGAGGCUUCAAAUCGAAAACAAAACUAUGAUGCCCCUCAGGAUUCAGUUUCUCCACCCCCAUUGUCCUCUAGUGCUUGCUCUUCAGCUGGGAAGACUGAAACUUUAGAGUCGCUCAUCCGAGCCGAUGCGAGUAAAAUGAACAGUUUUAGGAUUCUUGAAGAAGAAGAAAUUCGGAUGCCAACCAACGCAAGACUCAAGGCUACUAAUGUGUUAAUGCAACUUAUCUCGUGUGGAUCAAUAUCAGUAAAGGACCAUAGUUUUGGACUCAUUCCAUCAUACAAACCAAGCUUUUCUCACUCCAAAUUUCCCUCCCCACUAUUCUCUACUACAGUGAUGUUGGGAGAACUCAACCGCCUGUCUGAGAAUCCUAGGAUGAUGGGCUUGAGAUUGGAAGACAAGGAAUAUUUCAGUGGUAGCUUGAUCGAGACUAAAAUGCUGCAAGGGGAUGGAGUUACAACUUUGAAACGAUCAUCUUCAUACAAUGCUGACAGGACAUUUAAGCAAUUGAAUUCAACAGAAGACAAAAAUGAGUCGUCCUCAGGCCACUCAAAGUGCAUUCCACGGGCUAUUAAAGCAUCACUAAGCAAGCAACCACGAGGCGAGCCAAUGAAAUCUCCUACUUCCGAUCGACCAAGAACAUCUUCUGAUGGAGUUGAUAGCUCUCAGUCCAUAAGCCCCAGUCCCUCCAAUGAUAGCAGAAUAAGGAUUACAGAGUCUUGCUCCAGUAGGAGACAGUCUAAAAGGCUAGAUUCCUUUCGAGAAGACGAAGAGGAUGUAGUCAAGAUCGAAGAAAGGCUUGCUUCAGGAGCUCGGGUUAUAAUCUGGUCAAAAUCAACACUUCAGGCAACCUAAGGAAAAGCAUGGAUGGAUGCCUCAGCUUUCGGCCAAGUAGAAAAAGCUCGUUCCCUCCUAGAUCAUCCUACUUUUGAUCAGUUCUUCAUUGAAUUGAAUCGAUGGUGAUAAUUGGUUGGUGGGUCCUUGAUGAUUCUGCAUAUCUCCGAGUGUAAAAAGGGGGAAAACCACCAAUCUUCAGCUUUGAGGGGCGGGUGAGCAGGUUGGCGCUGGACAAACGCAGAGAACUAAUGGGUUGGUUGUUUUGGUUGUCAGGUCAGCUAAUAUAAAAUGAUAGAAUUAUGAAUCCCUUUUCAUUUUGUUCUAUUCAAACACAUUGGAGCGAGCCAGUCAUGGGUUCACUGUCUUCAAAGCUA